AUGGCUUGGCAUGGCUUCCCAGAUGCUACAAUGAGUGGCAGAUUUCUCUCGGGGAUUCUACAUCGGAAACCCGCUAAACGCCACUUCAUAUGCUACCAAUCCUUCGUAGCCAAAGCCCAGCAUGUCUUUCAGGAUGCACGACACCCUCCCUUGGCUACUAAUACGUCUAGACCGGCCAAUCGUAUACUGUUCACGCCGCCUAAGCAUAUGAUGCGAGCCGAUCCACCACUGAGCUCACUCAAAACUCGAGAAAUGCAUGCAUUCCUACCAAUGGCGCCUAGCCAUACAACGGCACGCGGCAACUUCGCCAGUGAUUAUGGCGUCGUCCUCGUGAUUCUAGAGCGUCGUCUUCAAGCGUCGUCCAGUUUUGUGAUGUCCAUCAACGAUGGCAUGUCCGCUUUGACGCCUUCUACCCUGCUGACGAUGCCCAAGCAUAAGGCUCCCUUGCACAUGUCCACACCAGAACGAAGAGGUGGCCAGCAUCAAGGAUCCUACCAAAGGAUACAGGUCAACCAGUUAUACAUGUGCGCACAUCAAACGUGCAACGUGCAUAUCGACCAGCAUAAGCGACAAUAA